ACAAACGUUACUCAUUUGUGCGCAUGACGCUACUGACGUUCUAGUUGAGUCCAUCAUGGCCGCGCCCAUAGACCUCGAGCUGAAAAAGGCCUUUGCGGAGCUUCAGGCCAAGAUGAUUGACACACAACAGAAGGCUAAGCUAGCAGACUUGCAGAUCGAUCAGUUGACCCGGAUGAAGAAACAUGCUAACCUCACACACACGGAGAUCGCCUCAUUGCCAGGAACCACGCGAAUGUACGAGGGUGUGGGGCGGAUGUUCAUCCUGCAGUCUAAAGAGGAGAUCAACACCCAGCUCACAGACAAACAGAAAACGUCAGAUGAGAAGAUUAAAGAGCUGGAGAGCAACAAUGGCCCCCGAGAUGUCAGCGGGUCGUCAUUAUGUGGGCUUGCUCCUGCCUCGCAGAAAGCUGCCGAUGCAGAUGACAUUCAGGGGCCAUCUUGAUGGCAUCACAGGUGACAUCUUGGUGGUGAGCAAAAGAAGACCUACCUUGAGCGCAGUGUGAAGGAUGCUGAAGACAAUAUCAGAGAAAUGCUGAUGUCCAGGAGGGCUCAGUAACACACACACACAUACACACACCUGCUGACAGACACACCACACAAGCAGGCUAAUACACCCACAUACAAUUUUACAUCUAUGUAAUAAGUGUGUUCCCACAUUACCCAAGGUGGCCACGUGUCUGUAAAUCACCAACCAAUUCUGCAAGCUCUUCUUCUGUUGGUCUUUCCAGGUAAUAAAGUUAUGAAACAGCA